AUGGGGGCUCCCCUUGACGUUCUCUCUGGUGGCGGGGGCGCAUCGCUGCUCCGGCUGGCGGCGCGCGCGGGUGCUCGACGCCGACGCCAGCACAGCUGCUGCGCACCGUCUCUGCUCGUCACAUUUUUAGCUCUUGCGUUCCUGAGCGCUGUCCGUGUCAGCGCCAUCAAGGACGCCUUUGAACAGGUGCCAAACGCCUUUCGCACCACCAACACCACCGUACGCGCCGUCUACGAGGCGACCCAGCUCACCAGUGCUGACGCUAUGCGGAGCAGCCUGCGUCCGCUUCGCAGCGACUCCUACGUGCUCUGCAUCACCAACGGCGGCGGCGUCAGUGGUGGUGCGGCGAACAGAAUCUCGACUGCAGUCGGCCUCAUCGCGCAGGCGUGGUGCACCGGGAAUGGAAAGGGCAUUCUUAUCAAGCAGUCCGUUUAUUGGUGUACGCUGGCCUCGCCUGGCCUCCAGCUGAUCGACUCGUCGAUGGUAAGCAGUCGCGCACUCUUAUGGGACUGUCUUACCUACUCAUGCGACAUGGAGAACACGAUCGUGGCGCACGCGGCUGUGAACGCGUCCAGCAGCCCGGCAGACGUGACCUACACGUCGCCGCUUCCAGCCGUUGGCGGCCUCGGCGUUUCCAUGCCCUGUUGCGGCUCCACGAACAGCACGUUCGUGCUCUACAUGACGCGGGGCCUACUGGUCCAGGCCGCUACCUUGCCCGUGACAGCCUUGAACAACGAGGCCGCGGCGCUCUACAGCGCCUUCCUAGACGCAGAAAGCGCACGCGAUCCGCUCAGCAAGCGCAGCAACAAGAGCAGCAGCAGCGGCGGUAGCGGAGGAGCACCCCGCUCAUCGCAGCCCGCCUCCGCCGCCACGGCAGCAUCGCAGGCAGUCCGCGCGGAAGCCGUGGCCGCCAAGGACGUAGUCAACGCUCCAUCCAGGUCGAAGGAGAUGGACUUCUGCCUGGUGCGGCAGCUCCCGCCUUCUUUCUACGUCAGUAGUGCUCGCUCAGACCGCGGCGAUGGCGGCGCCGUCUUCGCUGUGGACGCGUCCAUCUGCGGCACCGAUAUCAGUGAUCGCAUCAACGAGCAGGACGCCACGCUUCUCAUGCGCGGCUAUACGGCGGUGCUGACGACGGCAGAGGGGGUGGAGGCACUUUCGUUUCCCAAGGAGCUUAUCGUGGGCAUCGCGUCGUGGAUCGCCUCCACCCAGCGCAACGCCUCCUGCAACGACGACCCCAAGCAGAGCCUGCUGCGCGCGGAGGGGUGCUGCAAGUGGGGCUGGAACGCAAGCCAGGCCACCGCUUACCGGACCGGCGAGUACCUCGAGUGCUUUUUCGAUACCUCGGUGCUCGCGUACCUGCCGCCGCUCGUGCUGUCUGUGCGCAACGAGUCCAUCGUGAGCACGGCCGAAACAAACAGUACGUGCAGCAUCGCGCUGCAGCUCAGCUCGUGUGUGAGCCCAGACGGCAACGGCCUUCGCUUCUACUCCACCGGGUCGCUCGUUGAAGAGCUAAAUCGCCACAGGCACUCCUUGACAGGCUUUCACGAGCCGGCGAUCGUGGUGGGGGUGCAGCAGCUGCGCGGCGCCACCGUCGCCGUGACACGGAGUGCAAGGAUCGCUAAGUGGCUCGUCGGUGCCUCCGAUGCAGGGUACAACCUAGCGCUGCUGUACCUGGCAGUGCCGCGCGGGACGGCGGUUGCAUCGGAUGUGAGCGUGGCUGGCGCCUUGUGCGUCGCCAAGGCUGUGUGCAGCGCGAAGCACACGUUUUACGCAUCGCUAAACCGGUGCGCCUAUGUGCCCUGCACGCGUGUGUUCUUCUACUCCUUUAACGCCGACACGUUCACCUGCACCCCGCGCACUGCCUACGUCAGCAUCUUCGUCGCUCUGUGUGUUGCACUGCUCGUUACCGAAAGCGUUGUGCUGCAACUCCGUCACAGGACGGAGUUGGCCAAAGCGGAGCACAUGAGGCUGUUGUCGCAGGUGCAGCGGCGCAACAUAUAG